AAAAAAACAAAAAAAAAAAACUACUAACUACAACAUCUACAACAUGCGACAUGCGACAUUCAUGUUAAUUACACCUUUUUUUCUUCUUCGUCUAACUUGAUGGUUUUGGGGGGGUUUUAUUUACGCGCGUCUCAUUGCCCAACAUAGUCGCACUCCGGCACCCCUCCCCUUGCAUUCUUUAUUUAUUCUUUUUACAUUACCUCAUCUUACCAUUUGGAGCAAGUUGUACCCAAAGUUGUACCCAUAAGUUCCAUAACCCAUACAGAUGUUGUUUCCACAAACUCGACUAGGCUGGGGCCGAGGUGGCCUGCGCCUGGCUGUGACAGCUAGUAGCGCAAAGCUUACGCCUACACUCCCUACAGUGACUACUACAGUCCCUACACUCGGUAGCACAGGCGCAGGCGCAGUCUCAGGCUCAGGUCUGAUUACCCGUCGGAAGCAACAAUAUAGUAUGCCUAAUUGGACACGGUUACAAUACUUAACACCACAACCUCAACGUCGCCUUUUUCAAUCUUCUUGUUAUUCAAGUCAUUCUCUUUCACAUAACCAAUUGUUUCCCGUGCACCAUUCAAAUUUUCACAUUCCUCUUAUAUCUUCUGUUUCCACCGAUCGUCGAUUCUGUCGUAUUCUACCCAUCAUGGCAACUCUUACACAAACGCGUAGCCAUAGUGGACAUAAGCAUGGCCAUGGUCAUCACCACGACAAUGUCUAUCUCACCUCCCAGAACAAGAACGACGCCGGUGUUCGUAUUACCCGCAUUGGCCUAUUUUCCAAUCUCGGCAUGGCAAUCGCGAAAGGCAUUGGUGGUUAUCUAUUCAAUUCGAAAGCAAUGGUGGCCGAUGCCAUUCACAGUCUAACAGAUCUUGCAUCUGACAUACUGACAUUGGCUACCAUUUCCUGGAGUCUUAAGCCACCAUCCGACAAGUUUCCCACUGGCUUCGGAAAGAUCGAAAGCUUAGGAUCCUUGGGUGUUUCGAGCAUGCUUCUUUUUGGUGGCCUUUGGAUGGGCUAUGGGAGUCUUUUGACCCUCUACGGCCAUUUCCUCCUAGAUCCCACCUCUGCGGCAGAUUUGAUGGCACACGCGCAUAGCCAUGGACAUGACCAUGGCGCUGAUGGAGUUCCCAGUAUACACGCUGCAUGGUUAGCUGCUGGUACCGUCGCCAUCAAGGAAUGGCUGUACCAUGCAACUAUGAAAGUCGCUCGUGACCGCAAGUCCUCUGUACUUGCUUCAAAUGCGAUCCACCAUCGAGUCGAUAGUCUCACCGGAAUCGUGACCCUAGCAGCCAUCUUGGGUGCCAAUCUUGUGGAAAAUGCAGCAUGGUUAGAUCCUGUCGGUGGUCUACUCAUAUCGUUGAUGGUAGUAAAAGCUGGUGCCGAGAAUACUGUUUCCGCACUCUUCGAGCUAGCAGACCGAAGCAUCGACGACGAAGUCAAGCUUUCAAUCAAGAAGCAUACACAGAAGGUCUUUACCGACAUUGUAGAUGGGCAUGAGGUAGAGCUCCGCGACGUCACAGGUGUCAAGUCAGGCCAGAACUAUCUCGUCGACUUGGAGGUGGCUGUUCCCAAUGCCUGGACCGUGGAGGAGACCAGCAACGCCGAAGAAAGAAUCCGAACUCAGGUCGGUAACAAGGUCCGUGGCGUUCGUAGAGUGCGCGUCCGUUUCCUACCGAAGAACAUUUCUGUUUCCAAAUUUGACGAAUUCAUUCCGGCAAGCGUUAGUCCUCGCUCAAGUCCCGAGCCUGAGGAAGAACACAACCAUAACGGCAAUGGAAACGGAAAUCAGCACAAGUCGAAGUAGUGAAGGAUGGAAGGAUGAUGAGAAAUACGUUUUCUGGCGUUAGGGCGUUAGCUUGAACUGGGCACCUUGGACGGUUUGCCCAGGAUUGAUACCAAAAUGGCGAUUGUAACUUUGAACGAAGAAGGGUGCUCUCUUGAUAGAGCUUGGAUGUACCAUGGCUUGUCAUGUCAUGCCAUGCCAUGCCAUUACAUUGCAUUUGCAUUUUCUGGACGGUUGGCAUGCGGAAGAAUCUUGCACUUUGACCCUUGUUUACGGGUGGCACUUUAUAUGAAUGGAGUUGCAUGGCAAAUGCGGAGAAGAGACUGGAGGAUAAUGUAAGAAUAGGGGCUUCCUUCUCUAAUUGGCAACGGCGAAGGCUUUGAGGAGGUAGAUGUUGUCGAUGACCAAGCACUUCUAAGUUCUGGUUGCCACUGAAGUAUCCAGCAGUCCUGAUGGAUGAUAAUUCGAGCAAUGCAGAUAUUUUCUGGAAGCACCCCUACAGUAUAUAUCUACAUAUACAUGUAAAUGUCGUGCGACUUCGGAGGUGAUUCAUUCGAUACAUACAUAUGUAGAUACUCCAUGUAUGUAACUGUAGUACAUACACUGUAGUACAUACAAGGGUCUAUCACUUUCCAUAAUUAGAGCUCAUGGCGUUUUAGCCUAAAUUGAUAUUUGCCCCGCC